AUGGGAGAAUGUCAAGAAGGCACCAACAAAUGUUACAAGUGCGGUCAGGCAGGACAUCUGAGAAAAGAUUUCCCACAAUGGAAAGCAGGACAGGAUAGUAACAACAACCUAGUGCCAGCACGGGUUUUUGCUUUAACCCAAAAUGAAGCAACCAACAGUAACACCGUAGUCACAGGUCAGCUCCCUAUAUCUGGUAUGAUGAGUGGAGUCCUUAUUAAUUGUGGAGCGACUCACUCUUAUAUUUCCAUGAAUAUGAUUGAUAAGUUGGGUAUGCCUUAUAAACUAUUUGAGCAUAGUUAUAGUACAAUGUUACCGUCAGGAGACACAAUACUGUCAACUAGGUGGUUACAGUCAACACCUAUAACAAUAGAGGGCAGGGAGUGCCCGACUAACCUUAUAGAACUACAUAUACCAGACUAUGAUGUCAUACUUGGCAUAGAUUGGUUAUCCAAACAUGGAGCGUCGAUUGACUGUCGAAGGAAGACCAUGGAAUUCAGACUGAAAGAAGGAGAACUAUUUUAUUUCAAAGGAGAAGUAGCGGGUUUUUGUACACACAAAAUAUCGGCUCUGGAAGCAAGGAAUAUGAUGCAGCAUGGUUGUUCAGCGUUUCUAGCUAGUGUGGUGGAUAAAUCCAAGGAAACAGAGUUGAAACCAGAUAAUAUGCAUAUUGUUUGCGAGUUUUCGGAAGUGUUUCCCUAG